AUGGCGGGCGGCUUCCCGCUCAAGAAGUGGUCGGCGAACGAGGCGUCGAUACUCGAUGAGGUCCCUCCUGAGGAUCGCCUUCAACGCGAGCCCCGGUGGUGGCUCCCGGGAGAGAGCCACUUGACCCUCGGGCUGCGUUGGCAUCCACGCGAAGAUCAGUUCGCCUACUCGACGCAACUGACCCAACUGGAGGCUAUUACGAAGCGGUCGGUCUUAUCUUUAGCCGCUCGGCUAUUCGAUCCGCUGGGGUGGCUCGCCCCCACUACCGUAUUAGCUAAAAUUUUGUUUCAGUCCACCUGGUUGCUGGGAUUGGAUUGGGAAACGCAGCUCCCUGACACCGACGUCCGACGAUGGCUCGAAUUCCAGGCCGGACUGCCUCUACUGGAAACGAUCCGAGUGCCCCGAUGGCUGGAGAGCGAUCAAGAAGGUGUUAAGCGCGAACUGCACGGAUUCGCCGACGCCUCGGAAAAGGCGUACGCAGCAGUGGUCUACCUGCGGACCGAAAGCUCGAGCGGCGAAGUAGUCGUGAGCCUCGUGGCGGCGAAAACCAAAGUCGCUCCGUUAAAGCAGGUCAGCCUUGCACGGCUGGAGCUAAACGCUGCCGCCUUACUCGUCCGACUCGCCAACCAUGCUCGGCGGGUCCUCAAGAUAGAAGAGGAGCCGACCCAUCUGUGGACUGAUGCGACCGUAGUGCUAGGCUGGAUUCGAGGUCACCCUGCUUCCUGGAAGACAUACGUGGCAAACAGAGUGAGUGAGAUUCAGCUCACUCUCCCUGACGCUUAUUGGCAUCACGUCCCCGGGCGUGAAAACCCCGCCGACUGCGCGUCCCGAGGCCUCUUACCAAGGGAACUGGUGGAGCACCCGCUCUGGUGGCAGGGCCCGGCGUGGCUCCGAACUAAAACCGGUCCGUGGUCCGCUCCUUUGGACGACGAAGUACCCGUCGACCUCCCGGAACGGCGCUCUCACAUACAUGCCGUGGCAGCCGCUACGGAGGAGCCCGAGCUGCUGACGAGGUACUCAUCCCUGACGAGCUUGGCGCGGACGACAGCUUGGUGCCGCCGUUGGCUGCGGUGCCUGCGGGCGAGGCGGACUGCCCACGAGAAGCAGCCCGAUUCCUCCGCUGGGCUCGUACUAACACGCGAGGAGCUCAGCGACGCCAUCGUGGGUUGGAUCGGCUGGGUUCAAUCCAUUCAUUUCAAGGGGGAAGCGACGGCCCUCCGAAAGAACGCUCCGCUGCCGGCGCGCAGUACCAUCGCCUCGCUGAGCCCCUUCCUGGACGAGCGAGGCCUACUCCGCGUCGGCGGUAGACUCAAGAACGCCAUGCUUGCCUACGACGCUAGGCACCCUGUGAUCUUGCCGGGACCGUCACGAUUAACGAGGCUUAUCGUGGAGGCGUGCCAUCGGCGGACAUUGCACGGAGGAGUGCAGGCGACCCUCGGGGCCCUUCGCCAGGAGUACUGGGUCCCUCGCGGUCGUACAUUGGUGAAAGGGUGUAUUCGGCGUUGCGUGACGUGCGUGCGAUGGCGGGCGGCCUCUCCACAGCCUCUCAUGGGAAGCCUCCCUGGUCCUAGGGUAACUCCCGCUCGGCCAUUCCUGAACACCGGAGUCGACUACGCCGGACCGGUGUGGCUGAGAACCUCCAAGGGACGGGGCCAGCGGGCCUCUAAAGCAUUUAUCGUUGUAUUUGUAUGUCUGUGUUCUAGAGCGGUACACCUCGACGUGGCUACGGACUACACCGCCGACGCCUUCCUGGCUGCGCUGCGCCGCUUCGUCUCCCGCCGAGGUUUAUGCCAGACGUUGUACAGCGACCGCGGCACAAAUUUUGUCGGUGCCGACGCACAAUUGCGCGAUCUAUUCUCCGCCGGCGGCCAGGGGGGCCGACGCAUCGCCGAGCGCGUUGCUGAGGAGAGGAUAGCGUGGCGCUUCAAUCCCCCCGCUGCGCCCAACUUUGGCGGCAUCUGGGAGGCAGCCGUCAAGUCGACCAAGCAUCACUUGCGGCGAGUGAUCGGCGAGGCGACUCUCACCUACGAGGAGAUGGCCACGUUAUUAUCUCAGGUAGAGGCGUGCCUGAAUUCACGUCCCCUGCAGGCCCUGACAGACGACCCUGAGGACCUCAGCCCGCUCACUCCCGGCCACUUCCUCAUAGGCUCGGCCAUCAGCGCCGUACCGGAGCCGUCGUUGACGGAGGAGAGAACGACUCGGUUGUCCCGCUGGCAACAAGUCCAGCAGAUGCGGGACCAUUUCUGGGCGCGAUGGUCUAAGGAGUACCUCCAGACGCUUGCUCAUCGCCCGAAAUGGCUCAAGGCCGACCUGGAGGUGCGAGCAGGCCGCUUGUGCCUCGUAAGAAGCGAGACGACGCCCCCGACCAAGUGGCCCCUCGCUCGGAUUGAGGAGCUACUCCCGGGCGACGACGGACAGGUUCGCGUCGUCAAAGUUCGAACGGCGGCAUCGAUACUCACACGGCCUGUGAGCAAACUCGUCCUCCUCCCGGACUGCGACGCACCGGGAAGCGAGGAGUAA